AAUAAUAUUCUACUAAACAAUAACACUUUUUUUUUAAACAAAUUAUAUAUAAUUAAUAGCUCUAAGUUUAAGGCUUUGACAGAUCAGCGCGAUAUAACCUCACUUCGAUUGAUACUUGGUCGGGAACAUGGCUGGAAGACAUAUUGCUUUUUACAUUUUGAGCAACUCUCUGAUUGGUCGAUACUGCGCGCAUCUCGGGAAUGAAACACCUUAUCUUCUUACACCAUGAUUUUUUCGUAAGGGUAGCGCUGAUAGAACGAUAGCGCACAGAUAUCGGUCCACAGAUAUAGAAGACCAUAGAUCUAGUUUACACCGUUAAAUCGGGUGGUACGCGCAUCAAGUUAGUGCGGACUAAACAUUUAAUAUGUCCCUGUUUACACCGUUCCAACUCACAACAGGUUAGGUUAGGUUUUUAAUACAGAUAAAGUCCAAUGUUUUCGGUAAUAGAGGGAUGAAUAAUUCUGUGUAAAGUGUUAGUCGAUUUAUAGUAAAAGUAACGAAAAGUAAUGGAAAAAAACGAAGAACAAAUUAUAGCAUCAUUUACAGUAUUACUCUAAAUUUCAAAUAUGCAGCAAAAAGCCAGAAAAAACGUCUGAGGAAUAUAAUGAAACGUAUAAGGAUGAGAUUGAGAAAAUUAUGCCUUCAACAGAGGAAUAAAUUAUUAGUACAAUGGAGUCAAAUGACCGAUCCGAUAUCACCGAUCUUUACUUUAGAUGGUAUUCAAUACCGAAGAAGAAUAUGGACCAAAAAGAGGAGCAAUGAUUUUUGGCAAAGAAUCGUAGGAGAGCAUUUCACUCUGUCAGAAUGGCUGGCCACUUUUCGAAUGUCAAAAGUUUCACAAUGCUAUGUGACAUUAUUCGAACUGAACUAGAAUCCAAGCCACUUUUCCUGGUAUCCAGACAGCCUUUAUCUGUCGAAAAGCAGGUCGCAAUAGCUCUGUAUAAAUUAGCAAGUUGUGCCGAGUACAGAGUCGUUGGUGAUGUGAUGGGUGUUCACAAAUCGACGGUUCGAAAAUGCUUAUUUAGAGUUACCAUGGCCAUCAACAACGUCAUGGUACGAGAUAACAUAUUUAUGCCUUCUGAAGAUGAAGCCCAGUUUAUAUCGUUCUAAUUUAAAGAAAGAAGCUUUAUACCACAGUUGAUUGGGUGUAUUGAUAGAACACACAUUCUAAUUACCGCACUAUAUGAAGGUUAUCGAGACUUUGUGAAUAGAAAAGGAUGGACAUCAUAUAAUGUAAUGGCUGUUGUCGACUACAAUGGAAGGUAAGCGUGAAAAAUUGAGCUUGGAAAAUACCGAAAAUUAAAAUUAAUAAAUUAUCUGUUAUAUUAAGUUCAAAAAUGUUGUAAUAAAACAUCCUGGGAGUGUGCACGCCCGUAGGAAAAAGUUAUACAAAAAUUGCAUAUUUUUGUGC